AAGUCUCCCGUGACAAAAAAGGUAAACAUUAGGGUCAUAUUUGACCCUUUUCCCAUUACAAAAACAACACUAGUUUAAAAGCUGAAUUAUGUAUUUUGCCAAAUCAAAAACGUUUCCUUAUUACUCUCAGUGCUUUGCCCACGAGAGAGAUGGCGAUACGACGGCUAUUGUUGCUCUUGAAACCAUUCGACGUGUACCCAGUUGGCCAAUCUAAGAAUAUCCCUCGCAUGACCAAUUCUCAGGUUUUACAUUAUCUGGAUAACCGGCGUAAGGUUCACAAGGAUGCCAUUAACUUCUGUCAGGAUAUAUUGCGGCAGAAGUCGAUUGAUUGGGAACCUAUUUUUCGCAUUAAUUUAUCAAAACCAAUUAAUGAUUUCGAUUUAGUUGUUACUAUCGGUGGUGAUGGCACUCUUUUGCAAGCAAGCCAUUUCAUGGAUGACUCAGUUCCAGUUCUAGGGGUGAACUCAGACCCCACACAAGUUGAAGAGGUGGAGCAAUUCAGUAGUGAUUUUGAUGCUACUAGAAGUACUGGCUAUCUAUGUGCAGCUACUGUGAAGAACUUCGAGCAAGUGAUAGACGACAUCCUUGCUGGUCGAAAACUUCCUUCUAAUUUGUCGAGGAUUUCAGUAAGUAUAAAUUCGCAACUGCUGUCAACAUAUGCUCUUAAUGACACCCUGAUUGCACAUCCAUGUCCGGCAACAGUUUCACGGUUUUCCUUCAAAGUCCAGACGGAUGGUGAAUCAUGUACUCCAUUAGCAAAUAGCAGAUCAAGCGGUCUUAGAGUCUCAACUGCUGCUGGAUCAACCGCAGCAAUGCACUCAGCAGGCGGAUUUGUCAUGCCCAUUUUGUCUCAGGACCUCCAGUACAUGGUGAGAGAGCCUAUUUUACCUCAAGCAGCCAUCUCUAGUUUGAUGCAUGGGAUGAUAAAAUCAGGUCAGUCGAUGGAAGCCAUAUGGUUUUCUGAGAAGGGUGUAAUAUAUAUUGAUGGCUCUCAUGUAUGUCAUGCUAUACAAUAUGGGGAUACCCUUAAAAUAUCUUCCGAGGCCCCAGUUUUGAAAGUUUUCUUGCCUGACCAUAUGUUAUCAUAGAAUGGACGCAAACCCAGUUGGCAUUUGUAAAUAUUAUUCUAGAGUAAGAUUCGUAAAACAUGAAAAUUUCAUAAAUAUGGUCGAUAUGUUAAUAUGAAAAUGCCCAAUAGAGUUCUAGUCCAUACAAGUACAGGUGAUACUGAUAUCAUGCCUGCUGGUUUUAUCAAUGCUGUGUAAAUUCUGACGGAGAAUCUCUACCCUACCAAAGAUUGGAAUAGAUUUAGGUAUAUCCCAUUACACAGCCUCCAAAUUUUAUUACAUUAUGAUAUUAAGCUAUUCAAGUAAAAGAGUAGUUCUAUUAAGCUA